CAGAUCCCUUGGGGCUCAAUAUUAUAACCAAUAAUGGAUCACAAGCACAACUCAAACUCUUUGGCUCGGCGGUCGACACCGAAGCAGGGAUCGACACCAGACACUGUCCUCCGAUAUCUGAUCGGAACUCGAUUCAGAAAAUGGAGGGAGAGCUCAAGAACUUCAUCAAGGUAUGGAUCACAACCAUCUUUUGUCUCUCUUAUUGCCAUUACAUUGUCUCCAGAUUAAUCCCAAAAGGCCUACUCAGGCUCAUCUCCCUCCUCCCCGUCUUCUACCUCCUCAUCACCACCCCCCUAUCUCUCCACUCCUUCCAUCUCUGCGGACCCACCACCUUUUUCCUAGUCUGGCUAGGUAUCUUCAAGCUCCUCCUCUUCUCCUUCGACCUCGGCCCUCUUUCACCACCCCCACCUUCCCUCUGCCACUUCAUCUCCAUUGCUUGCCUCCCCAUCAAAAUCAAACAAAACCCAAAUCCUAAAAUCACCCAGAAACCCAGAAACCUAAUCGUUCAGAAACCUAACAAGUCAGUUGUGGUGGCUGUGAAGGCAUUACUUUUGGGUUUGAUAGUUCAUAUAUAUGAGUACAGAUCACAUUUGCACCCUUAUGUGAUCUUAGCCUUGUAUUGUUGCCACAUGUACUUGGCUCUGGAAAGUAUACUAGCCCUAGCUGCGACUCCGGCUCGAGCUCUCGGGUUCGAGCUCGAGCCGCAGUCCGACGAGCCUUACCUCUCCACUUCGCUUCAAGACUUUUGGGGACGAAGAUGGAACCUGAUGGUCACAAAUAUUCUGCGCCCUACUGUGUACGUUCCUACGCGUCGCGUGGCAGGGCGUUUGGUUGGGGCAAGGGGGGCUAGGCUUGCGGCGGUGAUGGCUACCUUUGCGGUGUCCGGGUUAAUGCAUGAGGUUAUUUAUUAUUAUCUCACGCGCGUGCGGCCCACGUGGGAAGUGACGUGGUUUUUCGUGCUGCAUGGGGCUUGUGUGGUGGUGGAGGUGGAGGUGAAGAAGGCGGUUAGCGGCGGGUGGAUGCUGCACCCGGCGGUUUCGAGGCCGUUGACGUUGUUGUUCUUGGCUGUGACGGGUAAUUGGCUGUUCUUUCCUCAGUUGGUCAGGAAUGGUGUUGAUACAAAGGCUAUAGGAGAGUAUGCAAUUGUGAUGGAAUCUGUCAAGGCUAAUUUGCCUCAUUUACAGAGCUGAUAGCUAGAUAUACCCUUUUAUUGAUCUUCUUUUUCUUGUUGUUAAUGAAAAUGAAGUUGGAAAUUGAAGUUUUGUGUGCUGAUGGUCACAUUAUUGAAACAUUUUGGAAGAAACUUAUGGUAGAUUUGUUGCUGAACUGUUUAUUUGGACAAUGCUGAUCACAGUAGCAAACUGAUCCCUAUUGUAGUAUUGUUAAACUAAUCUUCUAUUGUAUUUGUUGUUCAAGAGCAUGAUAUUGCAAUUUGCAAUAUGGGUUGGAUUUUCC